CCAACUCCAAAUCUAACCCAGGGUUCAGAGAGCUUUCAUAAACAUGGGCCGUGGUAGAAAUUAAUUGAAACAAAGAUGCCGUUCCUUGGUAAGAAGAUAUUUGAUGGGGGUGUGACGUCAUCAGGUGUGACGUCAUCGGGUGUGAUAUCAUCGGGUAUGACGAGAUCAGGUGUGACAUCACCAAAAGUGACAUCACCAGACGUGACAUCACCAGGCGCGACAUCACCAGAGGUUACACCACAAGAAGUGGCACCACAAGAAGUGACAUCACCAGACGUGACACCACCAGACGUUACACCACAAGAAGUGACAUCACCAGACGUGACAUCAUCAGGUGUGACAUCACCAGACGUGACAUCACCAGACGUGACAUCACCAGACGUGACAUCACCAGACGUGACAUCACCAGACGUGACAUCACCAGACGUGACAUCACCAGAUGUGACACCACCAGACGUUACACCACAAGAAGUGACAUCACCAGACGUGACAUCAUCAGGUGUGACAUCACCAGCAGUGACAUCACAAAAGAAGAAGUUCACCAUCCCGCACACUAAGGAGACUUUUGAUGAUGAAACCGAAUACAACGAACGAUUGAAACUUUAUGAGAAGAGAGUUUGGACUUGCCAGUGCACGGGUCAUAUCAACCUAACCCAUGAAAAUGCUAUGCUGUCUGAGGCUUCUUGUAGGGAAAGACUCCUCCAAACGUACGAUGAGGUGUGGAUGGAACCGGUGUUGAAGCUCGUCCAUCAUUCAUUCUUGCCACUAGAGAGCAUUGUUGCGCAAGCUUACAAUUUAUUGCUGACUAAUUACGUGCACGGAGAAACAGUGAAGUUCACUGCUAAACCUGGAGUAUCUUUUGACGCCAAAAUAGAGGAGCAACAUCUUGAAACCAACGAGGUUGAUUUGAAUAAAACUGAUGAAACCGAACCCUCCAUUUCACCCACUACGUCGGAUGUCACCCAUGUUAACAACGGGGAAACUCUGGCAGACAAACCUGUCACUGUAUCGCCAUCUAGUGACAAAGAAAAUAAGCGACAGUCGCUGAUAACGGACAUCUUUAAAACUGAUAUUCGUCGUUCCACCCGAUCACCAAGUGCGGUGGUUAGAAGCGGCGUCUCGUUGAAGAAAAGACCUAAAAUAAUCCCGGCUAAAUACAAUAUACUGCUGGUUGAAGAGAAUAAGAUUGUGAGCAAAGUUCCAAGCGAGCAUUUAUCGCGAACCAUGAAACCACCCAACCGCGAUAACAUUCGCUUGUUUAUUCGAUCAAGCGCGAUGCGUCCGAAUAAUUCUAAGAAGAAGAUCCCGUGGUUGGUCAGCGAGGAUUUGGUUUGUAAAUAUUCACUGCCAAGUCGAAUAACACCAGAGGAAGUCACGGAAUUAAUACAACUCUCCACCAUCACCACACAGCAAUAUUUCAACAAUGCUGAUCCUCUUUUAUCGAUUAACGGACAUAAUAAUUGCAAUGGUGACAUCAUAGAGGUGGAAGAAUUAGAGGAAUUCAAAUCGGAGAAAAAUAAAAAACGAAAAUCCGAGAAACUUAAUUUAAGUCCGAACAAAAAAGCUCGGAAGGAAACCAAAGAAGGGAAAUCCCCUCUUGACGUUUUUUUAAAGAAAGCGUCCAAGAUUGUAAAAGAAGAUAUCAUAAACGGGGAAAACUCGUUACAAAGGCACGGCUCAUCUAGAAAGAGCGCUUCACCUAAAAAGAAGAAGCAAGCCACAUUAUUGGAGUUAACGAAGAAAGGGAGCAUCAAGAUGAUGUCAUCCCGUGCUCCAACUAAACCAAGAUCAACGGGGAAAUCCAGGAAACCCCGGCAACCAUUGAUUAUUCUUCAACUGCUUUCAUUGAAGAAAGAAAAACGAUUCAGAGCUCAUAAAUAUAAGCUUACUGUAACCGCGGCAUGCAAGAUCCUGACAGAAAAGCAACGCGAGAAUUUACCCCUCGAAGUAAAAGAGGAUGUUUUAAAGAAAUGGGAAUUAUUUGAGUUCAAGCGAAAAUAUGACUCGUUGUCGAUUUCUGAAAGGAAAGCGUUUCUUGCCGAACGUAGAAAAGCCAAAAGGGGAUCGCUUGUGGAAGAAACGAACCAGAGCGAUAAGUUUGAAGACCAGCACUUGUCGAGAAUGGCAAGUUGUAGACAACUCCCCACUAUGGAGCUGGUAGAACUGCCUGAUUCACUCCCCAACACAUCGUUUGGUAACGUGGCCAUGAUCUGCGAGUUUAUUCAUUCAUAUCAUCACCUACUCGCACCAAAGGAACCAGCCUUUCAUAAACAAUUUAAUUUCAACAAUGUUAUUGAAGCUGUUACGAUGGGAAGGAAGGGGUAUUCCCUUACAAGUCGUAUAUUGGUUGUUUUGCUUCAAACAUUACUUGCUGAUGAUAUUGCCAAGGACUACAUGGAGCUGGGGUAUAGGUUGAACCAGGUCCAAGUCACCCCCACUAUUUGUUGCGAACUGAUGCGGAUUUGUCUUCGGCAAAACGACGACGAACUGGACGAGGAGAAAAGUGAUUCCAACUCCAACAUUGGGUCAUGUGACUCGGAACUCGCAGAUUCCACAUUCCGUCGCAUGUACGAACUUGAGUUGUACGACAUGGAACCACCGGAGCAGAUAGAUGUGUUAGCUGCCCUCACAUAUAGAGUGAUGAACACGUACGCUGUACAAAUACAUAUAGAAGACACUACGGAAAAAGCAACCACUAUUUAUAAGAAAGUUUUGCAGCAGAAGAAAGAAAAGAAAUUAUAUGAGGUUCCCAAGAAAAAGGAGUCAAAUGAAGAACCUUCCAUCGACCCAUAUUUUGUGAAGAAUCCGAUUAAAGCUGAAGAUGUGGAAGAUGAGGGGAUUGACCUUGUUAGUAGAGUAAAGAAGAGAAAGAUGUUGAGUGAGAAACACAGGAGGGAGGAGGAGGAGAGGAGGAGGAGGAUAAGAGAAGAGGAGGAAGUGAUCCUCCAGGAGCAGAGGAGUAAACAAGAGUCGGAGAGAGCAGAUCGCCAAUUGGAGGAAACGAGGACGCUCGCUCGUCAUCUGAGGAGGCGGCUUCCAUUGGGCACCGAUCGUAACCAUAGCAGGUACUGGUUGUUCUGCGAUGGUAUUCCAGGUUUCUAUGUUGAGAAGGGGUGGGUUAAUGAUAACAUUGAUUAUUCAACCCACGUCGACAUUAACACCGCCCCUGCUACACCUAAGAAAACUGGAGGUUCCCCAAGUAAAAGUCCGAAGAAGCGAAUGAAAGUCGAUCAUUCGUCCGAUGAUGACGUUCCUCUCGCUCAGAUGUCGCCGAGUAAGAAACCUCGGUUCCGUAAGUCCAAGGAAGAAGUGACGUGGCCUCACGUUGGAUUGAACCUAUGGCAUUCCAUCGACGACCAACAACAACUCGAUCAUUUGGUUUCAUCUUUGUGUAACAACGGGAUCCGCGAAUCAAGGCUCCUCAAAUCCAUAAGGAAGCAUUAUGAUGUCAUUGUUAAGUCAAUGGAGCGGAAGAAACAACUUCUCGAACCCAGUGAGGCCCCGUCUCGUCGCUCUGGUGCGCCCUCUGAUGGGGAGGAACUGCACCGCUCGUUUAUUAAGAAGAACAUGCGUUCGAUGAUCCAUGACGCUUGUCGUGGCGGGCUGGCGACCGUCACCGAGCCCGAGGUGUUGGAACAACGGGUCGAGGUCGCCGAGACUGUGCAAGAGUUUGCUCUCUUGUUGCUCGAGUUCCACGAACAUAUAUUGCCCAAUUGUUUCAAACCUUACUUGGCCGUGAACUCGGAAACAGCAUCGGACCGAGAACGGGCGAAAGCAGCGAAGCGUUUAUUAAAAUGGCGGCAAGCAGUUGAAGAAGUUUCUUUAUUUUCAAGAUUCACGUUGUUGUUUACUUUCCUCAAUACUUCUAUUAAAUGGGAAAUGUACCAUUAUCAACGCAUUUCUCGUCGAAGAGUUACCCGUAAUCGAAAUUACGCCGACAUUAACAAUGGAGUUAUUGAAGAGGAAGAAAGUGAGGAGGAGGAUGAAACAAUAGAAUCUGAGGAGGAAAUGAACCAACGACGAUCGAGUCGACUUCGACAACGAAAAGGAACCAAGAAAGUUGUUGAAGAAGUUCGUGAGCGCCGAGUCAGACGGAAACCUCGAUACAUGGAGGAGUAUGAUGAUGAUGAUGACGUGGAAGAGCAAGAGCAAGAGGAGGAGGAAGAGGAGGAGGAGGAGAUGGAGGAGGGAAGUGAAGAGGAGGGUGGGAGUGAGAGUGGGGAGGAGGAGGAAGAGGAGGAGGAGGAGGGGUUGGUCUGCAAGAGGAUAAUCGAGAAAUUGAUCGGAUAUCAAUAUUCAGAGUUGUUUAGACACCCGGUCGACGUCACCAUCGUGCCCGAUUAUUACGACAUCGUCACGCGACCAAUUUCCCUCUACGAGAUCGUGGGAAAGAUUGACGGAACGAACCCUGACGUGGGACUCCCUUUCCCGAGGUCUACACGAAGAAGUUCUCACAAUAACUAUACAUAUGAACUACUGAUGGAUGAUAUGAAACUAUUAGUUGAUAAUGCUGCGUUGUAUAACUCUCCUGACUCUUACACGAUGAAACAGGCACGAAGGUUGGAACUAUCAUUUGUAAGAUUGUGUAAAGAGAAUUUCGAUACCGAUGAAUUGGUCACCAGACUUAACAGUUUGUUUAAACGAAAAUAGAAAUCUUAUAUUUCACAUUGAAAUCUUAUUUUUCGCAUAAAAAUAUUUUUUUUGCAUCAGGCAAAAUUUUAGUUCGAAAAAAGUUAUGAAUUUUCUCUCGAUUUUAUGUUUUGGGGAUUUUCCCCAAACCAGGAUCAUAACAUAGACAUCUUGCACCAAACGUUGUAAAUAUAUUUUGACUUCUAGGCAAUUUGUCGCCCAUGUGUAUAUAGUAUGUUGGGGUAAGAUGGGAUACGUUUUCAUUAUUUUUUAUCGUCCCAUUUGGUGAAACCGCACCUUUUCGCUUCUAGUAGAGCGUUGUUAAUUGUUUAAAACAUGAUUAACAAAUAUUGCAUAUUACGUGAAAACCAUCUUACCCCAACCUACUACAUUACUGGGUCAUGCGUGGAAAUGGUAUAUCUAUGAUUUUUCUCAAAUAUUGGAUUUGGACCAAACUGCCAAUAUUACCUAUGGCGCAUUUUUAAUAAACAUCAAGCAAAAAAA